UCUAGUAAUACGUACCAAGAACGAAAAAACGCGUAUUAAGAAAAUCGCACUUCAAACUUAGAAAAUUUUCACUAAAAUGGAAAAGAAAUUUGUAAUUCGGAAUUCCCCUGCGACCGAUGCCUUCGAACAUCCUCAAACACGAAAUAUUUACAACAUGUGCGCCAUCGUCUUCCUGGGUCUUUCUCUCUACACCCUAGGAAACGAAUACUUGACAACCGGAAGAGUAACUUUUGGCUUUGAAGUAAUAAAAACAUGUUUCGUCCACUUGGAUAAAGCCAUCUUCAUUUGGUCGUGUUGCUUUGCGUCAGUCUGUGCACUGUUCUUCGUUUUUAAAGUGUGGUUGAGUCUUAGGACGUAUGCAAGAGGGAUGGCCAUAGUUUACGAUCGGUUAGGAUUGGCAUGUUUAGUUUUGUACUAUUUUUACAGCUUCAAGUUAGCCACUGACGCAGUCCGCUAUUUCAGCUUCAAUUUCUCUUGCAUACUUAUCGUCACCCUCGAACAGACCCGGUUUUUAAUGAAAGUCCAUGCGUUCGUGCGAAGCAAAGCUUCCGAAGAACUUCCUCGUCUCUCUUUCUCUAACUAUCUAUACUUUCUUUUUGCUCCUACUCUCAUCUACAGAGACGCCUACCCUCGAACCAAGACCAUCAACUGGAACUUUGUCACUCAGUCUUUCCUCGAAUGGGUUGCUGGUUUUUUCGCAUUUGUUUUCUGUGCCAUGAACUGUUUCCCAACUUCGGAAAGAUGGGCACAAAAAUUUACCGUAAACGAGGUGUUACUCUUGAUUCUAGAGAAAACGGGAUAUGCACUGAUAAUACUUACGGGUAUAUUCGUCACGUUGUGGCAUUCAUUUCAUAAUUUCUGGGCCGAAAUUUUACAAUUCGGGGACCGUUUGUUCUAUUCAGAUUGGUGGAACGAACACACUUAUAACGGUUGGUUGGUGAAAUGGAACAAGGUCGUGCAGGAUUGGUUGUAUUAUUACGUUUACCUUGAGUUCAGGAAACAUAUUUGUGACAAUGUUUUACUAGCAAAAUUGACGGUGUUCUUGUUGUCUUUUGUUGUGCACGAAUGGGUUGUAUUUUGUUGCACUGGUGGACUUGUUCCUGUAACAUUUUUUGUGUUUGUGGUUGUAGGACUUCCUUUGACAUUCUUUGAAAUUCCUAAAAACAUGUUUACUGUUGUUAUUUUCUGGUGUUCAUUUAUUCUGGCUUUCUUUAGCGCGUUUACAGUUUUUAGCCUGGAGUGGUACGCCCGAUCACAAAGUCCCGUAACAAAUCCAACGUUUUGGGAUUUUGUUGUUCCUAGGUUUUUAACGUGUGACUGUGUAUUAAAAAUCUAGAUACUUUUUGGUAGUCGACGGAACUGUAGUACUUGAUGCAGUUUCCAUUACUGGCACUGUAUAUGUA